ACACACGUCCCUAUUGAGUGGAAGGCUAUGCUAUAAGAGAGGCCAUUAGCCAGGUAUGGCUGGCUGUGGGAUGGGACAGGGCAUCUCAGGCAUUUCCUAGUAGUGGCACCUGAGUUAGAAGGAUGGCCUGGCUUUCAGGAAGGAUGAAGACAGAAAAGAACUCUGGGUCUGUGGGGGCUGCUCCCACCCUGAGCUGUUCCUUGGAGUGCAAUGGCAGCAUUGUGGUAAAUCGGGAGCCCACCUCCCUAUAAUGUCACCAAACAAAGAAGGCACUGAACCUGGGGAGGAAGAGACAGGUGACUGGCAGCUGGGCCCUGCCUGCCAAUCCAUAGCACGAGGCAUCAGUCAGGCCUGUGUGUACCCAGAUUACCAAAGCUGCUUGAGUGUCUCCAAGGCUGUUAUGUCUGAAGAGGCAUCCCAGAGAAUCCUAGAGAGCAGUGGGGCGAGGCGUCCGUCACACGCAGUGUUAUCAUGUAGGUCUCUGCCCCACGCGUAGUCCUUGAGCCUAGCCGCAAGUUCGCACCCAGGGCUAGCCCAGCCUCACUAUGAGCCACGGUCCGAGCCCGCGGCUGGCUGAGUCCCCGCAGCUGUCCAAGAGCAGUCUGCUUACCAUCCUGGGCAGCCCGUCCCCGGAGCGCAUGGGCCCGGCCGACUCGCUGCCACCCACGCCGCCUAGCGGCACGCCGUCACCAGGACCGCCACCCGCACUACCCUUGACUGCCCCGGCUCUGCUGGCCGACGGCGACUGGGAGAGCCGCGAGGAGCUGCGGCUGCGGGAGCUGGAGGAGGCGCGCGCGCGAGCCUUGCAGAUGGAGAAGACCAUGCGCUGGUGGUCGGACUGCACGGCGAACUGGCGCGAGAAGUGGAGCAAGGUGCGCGCCGAGCGCAACCGUGCGCGGGAAGAGGUGCGCCAGCUGCGCCAGCGCCUGGAGACGCUCACCAAGGAGUUGGCGGGCGCGCGCCGCGAGCGCCAGGAGGCCCAGGGCGAGUGCGAGGCGCGCGGCCGCGAGCUGGCCCGGCUGCGGGGAGCGCGCGGUGCCGCGGACAAGACACACGACGGCCCUGAGCCCGAACGCGAGCACGAGCCGGUGCGCGACAUUGGGGCGGAGAGACCGUCUAGCAGCCAGGAGCUGGACCUGGUAGAGAACCUGCUGAAGAGCAGACCGGAGGAGCCCGAGGGCUGCUGGGAAACCUGCAGUGUGGCAGCCGGGGCCCCUCGGGCCAGCUCGGGGCGCCAGGAUCGCAACCGCCUGCCCUGGGAGGACUCAGCCAGUACGGAGGAGGAUGCCUCCAAGUUGACUGCCUUGCGGCUACGGCUGGAUGAAUCCCAGAAGGUACUCCUCAAGGAGCGAGAGGAUAAGCUGGCUCUGAGCAAGAACAUUGAGAAGCUGGAGGGGGAGCUUAGCCAAUGGAAGAUCAAAUACGAGGAGCUGAGCAAGACCAAGCAGGAGAUGCUCCAGCAGCUCAGCAUCCUAAAGGAGACGCACCAAGAUGAAUUGGGCCGCAUGUCGGAAGACCUGGAGGAUGAGCUGGGUGCGCGCUCUAGCAUGGACCGCAAGAUGGCUGAGCUGAGGGGUGAGAUGGAAAGGCUCCAGGCGGAGAACGCAGCGGAGUGGGGCCGCAGAGAGAGGCUGGAGACGGAGAAGCUGGGCCUCGAACGGGAGAACAAGAAGCUGCGGGCACAGGUCGGAGACCUGGAGGAGUCCCUGGCCCGCAGACGGCGGCAGAACGCCAGUGCCCUGGACUGUGACCUGAGGGCCAGCCAGGCUGCUCUUUUUGAGAAGAACAAGGAGCUGGCGGAUCUGAAGCACAUGCACGGCAAGCUCAAGAAGCAGUUCCAAGAGAAGGUGGCCGAGCUGGCACACGCCAGCCGGCGCGUGGAGCAGCACGAGACGGAGGUCAAGAAGCUGCGGCUGCGGGUGGAAGAACUCAAGAAAGAGCUGGCCCAGGCCGAGGAUGAGCUGGACGAGGCCCACAACCAGGCCCGGAAGCUGCAGCGGUCGCUGGACGAGCAGACGGAACAGAGCGAGAACCUACAGGUGCAGCUGGAGCACCUGCAGUCCAGGCUCCGCAGGCAGCAGCAAAACGCCCCCCUUUUUGGGAAGAUUCGUACCCGAUUUGGCACCGAGGAAGCCGGAGACGGAGCCAGCGACCUAGAUGAGGACGAGGACCUGCAAAUCCAGGUGGCCUAGGACAUCCAGGGCAGACCAGGACUGGCCCCAAGCACAGAUGGCCAACUGAGCAUCCACUCAAACCCAACAGCCAUCUUCGCUGUCUGUUCCCCCUUGGGUUCCACAGCCCUGCUUCGAACCACUUCCGUCUCUCCCAGGAAGGCAGCCGUUUUACCUACUCACACCCCGUGAAGGGGGAACCUGUUGGAUGUGGAUAUUGUAUAUAUGCCCAGGGUUACUUGAACCCAUCCCACAGCCCGGCGCCAGAUCUUAAGACCCCACCUGCAUAGGACUAAAUGCAGAGAUGGAACACGGUGAGGGAGGCUUGGUGCUCUGGAAGGAGCUCUUCAUAAUAAGAUACCAUGAACUCAGACGUUUGUAAUAAAUGGACGUCAAGCUCUCCACGCAGAGUUCUGAAAGCGGGGGACACUUGGGAAGGAGGCAAGGGGUGGGGGGGUUGCGUCAGCCUGUACCUAACAUUGAACUAGUCCCAGAUUGUUGAGGGAAUGCGUGAGUGCCGGUGCAGCUGAGGAGUCUGAUGUCCAGUCUGUCGGGGAAACAAGGAAAUGUGGUACCCGCCUUAUCUGGACAAGAAAAGACUUCGGUCCAUGGGUUCAAAGCUCUACUCUACCCUUGACUGACUGUGCAACCUCAGGGAUAUCCCUCCCCUUCUCUGAGCCUCAGGUUUCCCAUCUGGAAUUUAGUAUUCUGUGGCUCACUGGAUUAAAAACACUUGGAAUGCAA